AUGGAGCGGCCGAAUACGAAAGACGAUCAUAACGCAUACGGCGACGAAGAUGAUGGCAGUGAUGGGAACAAUGACAAUGGUGGGAUCGAUGCUGCUGGAGGAAGCAACGACAUUGGUGGCAAGCGGUGUGGAGGAGGUGAGCCUAAGACGCAAGUUGGCCAAUUGGUCACUGAGGCCUUGCAGGCUGUUGUAAAAAUGGACAAAAGUCUUAAGAUGGAUUUGAAGAAAGUUAAGGAGGAGAUUAAGGAUGGGAUUGCGGAGGUGAUUCAGAAGUUGAAAGUUACUGAGUUAGAUUCUUUGGUGAAGAUUGAUUUGGGGACGUUGAGGAAGAGGAUUAGUGAUCUAAAAGAUAAAGUUACAGACUCUGCUGGCGAUGGAAAUGGAAACAUCGUCGGCAAGCAGUUAGAGGACCUUAAAGAUAAGUAUGCUACGCUGGAUAAAAUUACUCAUAAUGGUGAAAAAUCAAUCGUGUCUCUGACUGCGGGACUUGAAGGUAAGUUUAAGGAUAAUAUCCAACAGCCGCUUAGCGAAGAGGUCAAUAGAGUUUACGCGGCGAUUGGUAAGGUUGGUGAGAAGUUUGAAGGUAAGAGUAAUAUUGAAGGAAUUUUCAGACAUAUUAAAGAUAGGGUUGGGGAGAUUAAGGGGGAGUCAGGGCAAAAAAAGAGUAAAUGGUAUCUUGAAGAUGGUUCAGGUCUCCUUGGCAUUGAGGGUGCGAUAAAUCAUUAUUUUGAGGCGUUUUCCACUGGGCAUGAUUUUAAAUGGAAAAUAGUUAAAGGCUGGCUGGAUGAUAUGUUGCCGCACAACGGCGUGGUGAAAAAGAUACUUAAGGGGCUAGGGUGGGAUGAGAAGAGAGGCGAUUUUCUGCCGACUGCGUUUAAUGUGAACCAUAGUCUGACGGAGAAAAUUAGGGACACGCAGAAUCUUAGCACAGAAAUUCAGAAAGGCGUUGACGUGUUCAAAGGUCAACAAUCCACCGCCGGCAUUCAAGAAAAAAUUAAAGCUGUCAAAACAGCCUGCGAGACGUUCGCUGACGCGCUGGAUGCGGAGCUGAAGAACCCGGCAAAUGGAAUAGUCAACGAUGUUAAGGGUGUGGAGGGGCUGAUGAAAAGCAGCGCUACCCGAGACCCAAAAUGCAUAUGUGAGUGCGGUUGUUAUGACUACUACGGCAAGAAAAAAGAGGAGUGUGCUAAAAAGGCCGCCGCCGAAUUGAUCAUGUGUGCACUCACCGCCGUCUCCCGGCAGGUGGGCAAGGAGGUUGAUUCCCUUAUGCUCGCUGACUACAGGAUGGGCGGCAGUGGUACCAAUAAAAACAUCGCAACAGCGUUGGAUGAUGCGCUUAAAGUAACCAACGUGCUUCACGGUCAGCUUGACCAGGCGACUGACCCAUCCAGCUCCGGUGGCCAAUCCCAAGACAGCCCCGCCCAAGCCGUGGACAAGAGGUUGGCGGAAGUGAGCACUAAGGUUGGUAACCUUGUCAAUGAUUUUAAUACCCACGUGAAACAACCACUUAAGACUGAGGUAGACAAGCUUCCCCAGGCAGUUGAAGAUUUCAACCGUCAAGCUCAGGCACAGAUUAGGAAUGCGGCCAAGAUGGCGAUUGCCAAGGCGGCUGAUGAGAUCAAGAUGGGACGUGAUGGUAAACCACAACUUGAGAAGGGUGGCCUAAUGUCUGAUUUCGAAACAGCCCACAAGCUGAUCAGAGAGAAGCUCGACGGAGACCUUAAGAAGCUAGUUGAAGACCACAUUGGGGAGGAUGAUCCGCCAGGUCAGCAAGGUGGUAAAGCAGCUGAGAAGGUAAAAAUUACUAAAGCAAAAUUUCCGAAUUACGAUGGUCAAGUUGAUCAAAAAAGUAUCGAAGCCCUUCAGUCUGGUCAGUCUCUGCAAGGUACUACAGGCGAAGGCUCUCUUCCAGAGGCGAUCGGGGACAUUAAGACUGACGGCCUGAAAACGCUUACUGACGUCAUCGAUCCAAAUCCAACUGGCCAAGAUCAAAUUACUGCAGAUACCUUCACGGGUCCGUUCGACAAGAUUAAGGAACAGCUUGACGAGAUCAAGAAAUUGGUUGAUGAGGAAAGCGAUGAUGACGAUCAAAAAGGCGUCAUGACAUUGUUGAAUAAGCUUAAAAACGGACUUAAUACAGGAAAGUUGAAUAAUGCUGAUGAAGGUUUGGAAGCAAUCCGAUCGGCGAUUGACACUCUGCAAGCAGGGCCGUUUAGUAACCAACCCAAAGCAAUCGGCUCAGCCGUCCAAGCAAUUAGGCAGGAGCUUGGAGUGCUUAGCGGGAAGUUGAAGAAAGAGAACGGCGAUAAAGAUGAUGUAAUUGAACGACUAAAUGACAUGAAGGAGCAGGGCCUUGGCACUGAGGAAAAUCAAUGGACGCCGAUUAAUGGUAAAGGUAAACCUCUCAGUGGCCUUGGGAGAAUCCAUGGUGACCUUGGAAAACAGAAUCGUAUAUUGCCUGAACAGACUCAAAAAAUCACAAGAGCCAUAAGUGCAAUUACGUUUGCUCUUAGAGGUCUCGGAUUAAAGUUGAAUAAUGGUCUCGUUGAUGAUACCAUCACAGACCUGUUGAAGCAAUUAAAACUGAAAAUUGGUGUAGGUACGCACAACGAUGGAAAUCUUAAACAACUUCAUGAGGCAAUUCAACAGCUGCAACAAGGACCGUUCAAGGAGAGACCAGACGAAAUUCACAAUGCCAAGCAACAAAUUGUAGAUGAACUUGGGAAGCUUCGAAAUGACUUGCAAGGCAGUCCAGGCGAAGAUGUCAUUGCAACAUUGAACGAUUUGCAGAGCAAGGGACUAAGUGGAAAGGACAAAUGGAAUGGUAAUAAAAAAGGCCUCGCAAAAAUUAAUAGUGAUCUUAACACUCAACAAAGUGAGUUGUCUGGUCAACCCACUGAAAUUGGCGGUGGUGUCGGCCAAAUCACCAAUGAGCUUCAAAACCUUCAGAAGCAGUUGCAGAGCGAGAACGGAACGCCGGAAAAUGAUGUGAUUUCCGCUUUGGAAGAUUUGAGAGACACUGAGCUUGGCGACAAGGAUUGGAAAAAACAGAUAAAAUAUAAAACGGCAUGCGAAAAUCACCAAGGAGCUUCCACACCAUCAUCCCUCACUCCACUAAGCACCCCGUGCAAGAACGCCAUCACCCCGUCGCAGAGCCUGUCAAGGUCGGAGUACACGAUGCCUUCACCGGUGUAA